AUGUACUCCAGAUAUGAUUUCAUUAAGGAUCUUAAUCCGUCGAAGGAGGAUUGGAGGAUUAAGGUGAGCGUGGUUAGGACUUGGAAGGUUCCUAAUUUUCAGCAAAAAGAUUUUGACGACAAUCUGAACAUGGUUCUAUUAGACGAGACGGGGUCACAAGCUCGAGGUACUUUGUGGGAACAACAUGUGGAUAAAGUGCAGUCUUUCUUGGCAAAUAAUCAGUCUCCUCAAAAUCUUGUAAUCGUCCAGCUUGCAAGGAUUAAGGGUUUCAUGGGUAAGAUAGGGAUAACGAAUACAAAAUAUACGACGAGGAUUCUCUUUGAUUCCAGUCUUCUCGAAAUUGUAGAAUUCAAAAAAAGGCUUUCGUCUGAUCCAAUAGCUAACGGUAUGAGGUUGACUCAGUUAUCCAAUCAAUCAUCGUAUUCUUUUGAAAAUGAUUUUCUGAAAGACACAGAGAGGAAGUCUAUUGGUGACAUUAGUAAUUGCGGUGAGAUUACCACUUGCAUUACUUAUGGAACAAUAAAAUCAAUUGAAAGCAAGUACAACUGGUGGUACAAGUCUUGUAAGAAAUGUCCAUAUUCUGUAUGUGAAGAUUUUGAAAAAUUGUAUUGUAAGAAUUGUCAUAAACAUUGGGACGAUUAUUAUCCAAAUGUUCAAGUGAGAGUUAUGGAUGACAUGUAUUCUGCGUCUUUCAUACUAUUUGAUAGAGAUUGUGUUGCUUUAUUGGGAAUGGGUGCUGCUGAAAUACGCAAACAACAUUUCAAGCGGGGUGCUGAUUUAGAGCUUUAUCCCGAAGAACUUAACAUUCUUAACGAGAAAUCCAUGUUAUUUAAGGAUGAGACCACAUUCGAUAAUACAUACGACAAUGAUGUUGUAUCACAGGAACGAGGAUGUGUUGUGGAUGUUGAGAGUCAAACUUGUGAAAGUAUAGGUGAUGCAGACAAAAUUUUAAUAAUGGCGUUGAGGACAAAUGUAAUUCUUCUAUUGUCCGUCCUUUGA